UCAAAAUAUUAGUUUUUUAUUAUUUCGUAUUACAAAGAGUAAAGUGCAUAUAAAUUAUUUUGUGUAAUACUGUUACACAAUUCGUUCAAAGUCCAGUAUCACCCCGGAACAGGAACGGAUACAAACACUAGAGUUACGGUUUGUAUACAUACGCGCAUACACAAAGAACCAGUCACCCACCCACCCACUUACGAACGCAUACAUACAUCGUACACAUCAGCACGAACACUGGCACAUAGUAAUUAAAAAAAUACGUAAACCAUCAAGGAGAACAUUUUUCAGAGCAAGAGAGAGAGAGAGAUAAAUACUUUAAUUAUUGUUGUUUUAAAAUCUGAUUAAUACUUACUGUUAUUUUAAAUAUUAUCAACGGAGAUAUAUAUGUAUAUAAAUGUUAUUAAAAACGCGAGGUAGUUAACUGCUAAUAAAUCAACUCUGAAUACUUAUUCAUAGAUAUAUAUAAAAAAGCUUUUUUCAAAUUGAAAUUACAUUGAGGAAAAUUUGACUGGAACCUCUGUUAUCAUUAUAUGCUACUUGUAUUAUAUUUGGAAAUACCGUUAUUUUCUUUGCGAUUAAUCCAUAUAUUUCACCAACUGCUUGAACACUAUCAUCAACAACCAACUUGAUAGCAAAGAAUCAGUCAGGCAAUAGCACACACAGCCACGAGAAAACAUUCGGAAUCAUUUUUACCUACUACUAUUACUACUAAUAAUAAUCACAAAUUAUUUCACAUGUUAUUUAGUUCAGCGUUAUUUUUUGGAAAGUCUUCAUCAGUAACUCAUUUAAUUCUAUUAUUUUUUACUAUAUAUUCUAUUCCGAUUAAAAUAAUUCAUGGAAGUUGUGAACCAGCUCAAUCUGUAAUUAUAUGUACCAAUGAAUUCCCAUCAAGUUCGUUUCUAAAUAAUUUAACUGGUAAAUAUGAAUUGAUUAUAAGAAGUGUAAAAACUAAACUAGACAUUAAAUCAUUUGAAAAAUAUCAAGGUGCACAAAUUAAACGUUUACAAAUCGAAAAAUCUACUAUUUAUUCAAUUGAACCGAAAUUUUUUAAUAUAUUUAGUCGUAAUAGUCUAGAACGCUUAUCAUUGAGUAAUGUCGAUGGUCCGUAUCGUUUAGAUGCUCAAUCUCUAGCUGGUCUUAGUGAAAAAUUAAAUACAUUGCGUAUUAAUGAUCAUGUAUUAGAUAACAUUGAUGAUUUUGUUAUAUUAAAUAAAUUAACACGAUUAUAUCUUGUUCGAACACAUUUAACACAAUUACCAAAUAAUUUUAAACAAUUACUAACACAUUUGGAAGAUAUUAACUUAUCUGAAAACUUAUUAACUUAUAUACCAUGGAAAGAACUAGCUGAACGUAUACAAAACGAUCAAUUUUUAAAAAUCCAACUAAGUGAAAAUUUAUGGAAUUGCGAUUGUAGUGUAAAACCAUUAAUUGAAUUGAAACCGGAAGCGAAAGCUAAAAUUUAUGAGUUUCGUUGUCAUACCCCGGAAAACUUGAAAUCUCGCGAACUGAUUGAAUUAACAGUUGAUGAUGUAUGUAAAGAAGAAUUAAGUCAAUCAGUGAUACCAUCGAAAGAUUUAUCAUCAAAUUAUAAUAUCGGUGUAUUCGAUCAGUAUCAACCAACUGGACAAGACAAUAGUAAUCAACAACAAAAUGGUGAUUUCGGUGGAAUAUUAGGUCGCCAUGAUUUGAAACCAGUCAAUGCAGAUGGUAAUGAACAACAAUUGGCUACCGCUGGUAGUAGUGGUAUUUCCAUUGAAAUGAUCAUUGUAAUUUGUGUUGUCAUAGCAUGUAUUAUUGUUAUCAUCAUAAGUUUAAUUGUUUAUUCGUCACGUAAACGUACACAACGUAGAAAACAACAAGAGAGAAAUCUUGGUGUUUCACAUAAAACGAAUUCAUAUUGUGCUGUCAUUGAACAUAAUCCAUCAAGUCGUACACCAAGUGAAAAACAAGCCACUUCUCAAUCACCAUAUAAUUAUUCUCGUGGUAUUUCACAGCCAGAAAAAGAACCUUUAGCUCAUGGUUAUGGUAAUUAUCGAGACGGACGUUUGUAA